UCUCUUGCAGCAGAUCAACUACUAAAACUUAUGAGCACAGUGGAUCCAAAGUUGAACCAUGUAGCUGCAGGUCUUGUUUCACCAAGUCUGAAGUCAGAUACCUCCAGUAAAGAAAUAGAAGAAGCUAUGAAAAGAGUACGAGAAGCACAGUCACUAAUUUCUGCUGCUAUAGAGCCAGACAAAAAAGAUGAAAAACGAAGGCAUUCAAGGUCAAGGUCACGCUCAAGGAGGAGGAGGACACCUUCUUCAUCUAGACACAGACGGUCAAGAAGCAGAUCAAGGAGAAGAUCUCAUUCAAAAUCAAGAAGCAGGAGGCGGUCUAAAAGUCCAAGGCGAAGAAGAUCUCAUUCCAGAGAGAGAAGCAGAAGGUCUAGGAGCACGUCCAAAACCAGGGACAAAAAGAAGGAAGAGAAAGAAAAGAAACGUUCUAAAACUCCCCCCAAAAGCUACAGCACAACGAGGCGAUCAAGAAGCACAAGCAGAGAAAGACGACGUAGAAGAAGCAGGAGUGGAACACGAUCACCUAAAAAACCCAGGUCUCCUAAAAGGAAAAUGUCCCGGUCCCCAUCUCCAAGAAGACAUAAAAAGGAAAAAAAGAAGGAUAAAGACAAGGAGAGGAGUAGAGAUGAGAGAGAGCGGUCAACAAGCAAGAAAAAAAAGAGCAAAGACAAAGAGAAGGAUCGGGAACGAAAAUCCGAGAGUGACAAGGACGUGAAAGUCACAAGGGAUUAUGACGAAGAGGAGCAGGGCUAUGACAGCGAGAAGGAGAAGAAGGAAGAAAAGAAAAUGUCAGAUUCCUCCUCCCCUAAAGCGAAGGAGUCUGCUGCUGACAAGGGCGGUGGCGACUCGGCGAGAGAAUCCAAAGUGAACGGGGACGACCACCACGAGGAGGACAUGGAUAUGAGUGACUGAGUUUUGCCGCCGCGGACGUGCAUCAGUGUCAUUCCUGUGUGAUUCUUUUAUGCUGUACUUGUUAAUCCUGACUCUAGAUGUACACAGCUCUCAGCUACACAUGGUUUGUAAAUCUCCUGAUACUAACUCCCACCCAAAGCUUUAGAGAGAGGUAACCAUCCCCGUUACGGCCGACAGGGAUCGCGUGGCCAAGCGAUUCCUACUAACUUGGUGAUGCUUCGGGCAACAGUAAAAAGCUGCAUGCGUCUCCAGCAGGCAUGG